GGCCUGAGGGGAGGGGGAGAGCGGGCGGAGGCGGUGCGCUCGGCGCUUCCUGUUCCGGCGCCAGGAGGAGCCGCGCGCUGCUGGUGCUGUUGCCGCCGCUGCUCUAGCUGCCGUCAGUCAGGCUGUGCCCGCGUCUUCAGGGCCCAGUUCCUCGGACCCAUCGCCGCUUCUAGACCCUACUGCGGUCUCGGAUAUUGCCGGGAAAAUGUCUGAUGAAUUUUCGUUGGCAGAUGCACUACCUGAACACUCCCCUGCCAAAACCUCUGCUGUGAGCAAUACAAAACCUGGCCAACCUCCUCAAGGCUGGCCAGGCUCCAACCCUUGGAAUAAUCCGAGUGCUCCAUCUUCAGUGCCAUCUGGACUCCCACCAAGUGCAACACCCUCCACUGUGCCUUUUGGACCAGCACCAACAGGAAUGUAUCCCUCCGUGCCUCCCACAGGACCACCUCCAGGACCCCCAGCACCCUUUCCUCCUUCCGGACCAUCAUGUCCCCCACCUGGUGGUCCUUAUCCAGCCCCAACUGUGCCAGGCCCUGGCCCCACAGGGCCAUAUCCUACACCAAAUAUGCCCUUUCCAGAGCUACCCAGACCAUAUGGUGCACCCACAGAUCCAGCUGCAGCUGGUCCUUUAGGUCCAUGGGGAUCCAUGUCUUCUGGACCUUGGGCGCCAGGAAUGGGAGGGCAGUAUCCUACUCCUAAUAUGCCAUAUCCAUCUCCGGGCCCAUAUCCCGCUCCUCCUCCUCCCCAAGCCCCUGGGGCAGCACCACCUGUUCCAUGGGGCACCGUUCCACCAGGAGCCUGGGGACCACCAGCACCAUAUCCUGCCCCUACAGGAUCGUAUCCCACACCAGGACUCUAUCCUACUCCCAGUAAUCCUUUCCAAGUGCCUUCAGGACCUUCUGGUGCUCCACCAAUGCCUGGUGGCCCCCAUUCUUACCAUUAAGUUAACAAUGGACGAAGAGAUGACGCUUUGCUUUUUGAAGUACAUAUAUAUGCACAUGAAUGCAUAUAUAAAAAUUGCUGGUUUCACUAUUAGAGGGCAUUCAUGAAAGAACAACUCUUGCACCUCUCAGAGAAGAUAACUGCCUCUUGUACUUGGAUGUGUAGUACAUCAUAUGUAUACAAUCAGAUAAAAGCAUAGAAGUAAAUCAUUCAGAUGUGAUUUUUAUUUGGUUUUCAUGGAAAGUUAAAGUGAUAAAGUAUAUUGAAUAGCUCUUUGACAGAAUUUGUUUAAACUAUGAAACUACACACUUAAAAAUCUAAGAUGUGGAUUAUUGUUAGAAUCUGCAACUUCAUUGGCAAAUUAUUUCAAGUAUUUUUCUAUAAUCACUUCCCCUUCUAAGUAAAUAAACUUUAAGAAUAACCCAUCGUAAUCCAAACAAAUGAUGCCUCAACAUUUUGAACUGCUCUGUUGGACAAAUAAACCUGGUCCUCUUGAGGUUGUAUUUUGGAUAUACAUUUUUAAACUGUCAGUAAUUAUUGUCAGAUGUGGAGUUCAAUAGCCAGCCAGUGUUCAUUUUUAUCCUUGAGCUUUUAGUAAAAACUUCCUGGUUUUAUUUUUAGUCAUUGGGUCAUACAGCACUAAAGUCUGCUAUUUAUGGAAACUAACUUUUUUUGUUUUUAAUCCAGGCCAGCAUGUAUGUAAAUUAAAUUUUUAGAUAAUUGAUUAUCUCUUUGUACUACUUGAGAUUUGAUAUGAGAUGUGCAUAUUGCUUUGGGAAGAGCUCAAGGAAGGAAAUAAUUCUCUCCUUUGUUUUGAACCUCAAACUAGAUAAACCCUAGGAAUUGCUUAAUUGCAACAAUUAAUUUUCAUUCCCACAAAAACCUGAGGCAGCUCUUUUGCCCAGAGCGUUCCCUGUAGCCACCCCCACCCCACUUGCCCUUGGUUCUUUAGAAGGAGCACAUUCCUUGAUUCCUCCCUGAUGUGGUAAACUGGCACACUCUAGGGGUCUAAAACAUAACAGUUGUGUUUAGAGAACCUUAAGUCAUGCAGACAUGACUGUUCUCUUUGUACAAGUGUGAAUCAAAAUAUGUAUCUGUUUUUCAGAGUCUGGUUAAGCUAUGUCAUUGUCUACUGCAUAGUUUCCUGAGUCUGUUUGUAAAGUGCUUAUGGCUAACAGUUCAGUUCUGUGUUUGUUGACAGGUAAAUAAGUGGAGCUGAGUGCCAUCUUUGAAAAAAUUACCCUCUAGCUCUAACACUGAAAAUAAUAAUAAAUUGUAGAUCUCUGCAACUAAGUUUAAAGCAGUGUGACUGUGUUGCUUAAAUAUUAAGUAUUGUUUAUAACCACCAAAAAAAAGCCCUAGUAGUUUUUUGGCACCUUAUGUUUAAAUCAGAUUCUUAGAUUUGGGGUAGACCUGACCUUGUUAUUUAUUAGAUAACAUUUUGAAUGUAUCCAUUGGAUUUCUAAAAUGUAUUGUGAAUUUCUCAGACAAACAGGAUUUAUGCUGGAGCUCUGUUUUGCUUAGAAAUAAAAUAUUUAGUAGUUUAUUUCUGCUCUAAUUAAAACAUCAAGAAUGCCAAAUGCUGCCAGUUUUUUGGUUUGAUAGCUACCUCCUUUUAAGAAAGCAAAAUGGUUACCUUUGAGAGGAACAUUCAGUGUUUAAUCCUCCCUUAUGUUAACUGGAUGAUAGAUUCAAGCUUUUAGAAAUGAGAAAGUAGAAACUAAUUAAGAUAUUUUCAGACUGCGUUGUUAGCUUUUUCUUUCACUGCGCUUGAAGGACAGGUGUUAGCUAUCUACAAUACUGUUGAACUCUGUUGUCAAAGUAGCCCCCAGUCUACAAGGCAGGUAGCCUUGGCUUGAAUUAUCAAUAUCAAAAUGUCAGUUAACCAUGGAGGGAUAAAGUAAUGUGAAAAGUGAGAUGGCUGCAAAGAUAGCUCUCCUUACAGUUAUUUUGGCUGUCCUACAUUGGGAUAAGCUGACAAAUUAGCAGUAUUUAGUUUUAACACUACAGCAAAUAUAAUUUGACUAGGAAGAAGAGAUAGCAGGUUUGGGAAUCUAUAAUUAUGAAGUCCAUUGAUUUUGGGAGAAAAUCUGUUGCUAAAGGAUUUGAAGGGCCAUGAACACAAUUUGGGAUUACUACUCCCAAUAAGUAUAAUAAUUUUGCUAGUGACCCAUACUGUCUAGUGUGCCCUAAAUCAUACUGCUAUUAUACUCCCUUUGUUUUCAAGGACUUUACAACUGGUAUUUCGGGGAGUUUUUUUUUUUUUUUUUUUUUUUGAGACAGAGUCUUGCUCUGUCGCCCAUGCUGGAGUGCAGUGGCACUGUCUUGGUUCACUGCAAGCUCCACCUCCCAGGUUCACGUCAUUCUGCGUCAGCCUCCCCAGUAGCUGGGACUACAGGCGCCCACCACCAUGCCUGGCUAAUUAUAUAUUUUUUUGUAUUUUUAUUAGAGAUGGGGUUUCACUUUGUUAGCCAGGAUGGUCUCAAUCUCCUGACCUCGUGAUCCGCCCGCCUCGGCUUCCCAAAGUGCUGGGAUUACAGGUGUGAGCCACCAUGUCUGGCCAAUUUUUUUUUUUUUUUAAUGUAAGAAUGGAGAUAAAAGGGAUAAUAGAAUUUGCUUUCAUAUUGUUAUUUUUGUAAAGCAUCUUUUCUUCAAUUCUUGUUGGCAUUCUGGGCCAAAAAGUAUUUCAGGUUGGUUCAGUGCGGAGUUAAGAAAAGCAGGAGUUUUAGUGGAGAAAUGGGGAGCAGCAUCGAGAAAGGCUUUUUUCCUUUUUUUUUUUUUCGGAGACAGAGUCUUGCCCUUUCACCCAGGCUGGAGUGCAAUGGUGUGAUCUCGGCUCACUGCAACCUCUGCCUCUGGGUUCAAACGAUUCUCCUGCCUCAGCCUCCCAAGUAGCUGGGAUUACAGGUGCCCGCCAUCACACCCAUUUUUGUAAUUUUUGGUAGAGACGGGGGUUUCACCAUGUUGGCCAGGGUGGUCUGAAACUCCUGACCUCGUGAUCCGCCUGCCUCAGUCUCCCAAAGUGCUGAGAUUACAGGUGUGAGCCACCACACGUGACCUUUUUUUCCUUUUUAAAAGGGAAUAAUGUUGCUUUCGAAACAAGACACGCUAGGCUGAAAUUGAUUUAUGGAAAAGACUGCUUGUUAGCAAGUAUAUUUGGUCUUGAGGGGGAUACAGAUUAUAGAAUAUGCUGACAUUUGGGCUUCAGAGGAAGAAUUUUCAAAUAAAAUCUAAUGGAAAUAGUUGAGAUGUGUUCAGGAAUACUGUUUCUGGAGUUGGAAUCUUAGGUUUUGAAAUGUUGAAACCAAAAAGACAAAAAUUAAAACAUAGACCUUAGGUCCUCAUUCACACCCAGUUCUCAAGAAUCAAGUGGAGCACUUCAAAGACCUUGGCUUGUCUGUCCCAGCCUGCCGCCUUCUCAUCUUUUCAUGCUUUUGAAGACACCAUUUACAGCUCUGACUCAGCCCUAUUUUGUGUAAAGUAAUAUAUUGAUUAUUCAGAAAUAGAGAAUACAUUUUUUAAUUACCCAAGUACUGACUGCUUUGUCCAUUUUACUGUUGGUUGUCUUCAGCAGAGAAUAGUAAUAGGGCAGAGAAAAGUAUAUAUUUUGCCUCAGUCAGUCCCACCACCACAAUGGACUAUUGGGAUAUUUUCUAAAAAAACCAAUCAAUUUGCCCAUGAUUACCUCACAAAUAAUUAGUGCUACCUGUGGUACUCAAAUGUACAGCUUUUGAAACUGUGUAGAUGAAAAAAGCUCUACUCAGAGUUUUUGUUAAGACUGUGCCUAGGUUGAAUAUCAAUCAAUUGCCUACACUUCAAAACAGUAAGUGCCAAUGUCUCAAUUUUCUCACCCUGAAUGAUAGAAGCUAGCUUUAUCGACUGCCAAGGUUAGAAAGCCUGGAAAUAAAACUUAAGCACAGACAUUCAAGUUUUUCAAAAGUAUAAGCCUAAAUUCAGAUGAAUCACACUGAUAUAUUGUACUAUGCAUAGAAAGUUGUAGGUGGCGUUCAGGGAAGACUUUGAUUUUAAUAAAGCAAUAUUUAGUAUUGAAGACAUUUUUUAUUUUCAGAAUUCUGCCAAGUAAAACAAAUUGCCAACAAAAUAAUCAGUAUUUUGUAAAUGCCAGGCAAGCUUCUGGCUAUCGAAAACAUCUGAGUCAUUUAUUCAGUAGACAGUAUGUCCUUGAUCCAGGUUCUUUGCCAGCUAUAAGGGAAUCCCUGUCCUUGAGGGACUCAUAGUCUAUAAGUAACAUUACAGAAUUCGUUAGCACACCCAUUCAUUAUUAGUUUAGAUAAAUGUGUUAGGAUUGCUGCUGGUGGAGAUUGUAACCAGCCUUUGGGCAUCUUAAAGGGCGACAUGUGGCAUACCUUUUUUUUUUUUUAAGAAUUUAAUGUUUUUCAAGAUUGUAGUGCUGAUCAGCGCAACAAUUCAAGUGUGCAAAGUAACAGGAUAGUUUGCCUCUUCACUUUACCCCUGGAUAAAGGCACUUUCACUGCCUGUCACUGAUUAGCGGAUACUGACUUGUUGCCAUUAAGUAAACUUGACUUCUUAUGUGUGCUUUAUGAAAGUUUGUGGUAAUUUUCUUCUUGAAAUUGUGAUUUUUCACUGACAGUAAUGACAAAUUUAAUGUGUGUAAUUGUCUAUGCAUUUUAAGUUAAACUGCCUAAAAUGUGAUUUGAGACAUAUACAUUUGUUUGUAUUAUAAAUUGUAAGCAAUCAGUUUGAGAUACUAGGUUUUAUCACCUGCUGCUGUAUUUGUAAACGAAGACAAAUGUUGCUUUAAGAAGUAAUUAUAAUUAGGAAUAGGCUAUGGAUGUGAUACUUGAUAUUUUUUAAGAUAAACUUGUUUGCUUUUGUGUAUUAUACCUGGAAACUUUUUUUUAAAAAAAUGUAUUUUCAUGGUU